AUUUUUUUGAGCAAAGAACAUUCAUCAAAUUUUGUUUGCGGAACGAAUAUUCUUGUGCGGACACGUUGAAAAUGUUGCGGAAGGCCUUUGAUGAUCAAACUAUGUGGUACAAUGAGUUCAAAGCGGGCCGAGAAUGCGUUGAAGACGAACCGCGCUCUGAACGACCAUCUACGUCUACCGACGAGGACCACGUCCAACAAAUCAAAGAUUUGGUGAUUGGAACUCGCUGAGUGUUGGAAUAUCAUUUGGCUCAGCCCAAACCAUUCAUUGAGAAGGAUGUUUUUGUGUCACAAGCGUGUCAAAUCUCGGUUGGUGCCAAAAUCGCUCAUUUUUUGGAAA